AUGGCUACCCUACAGCUCUCUGCAGUAGGCCUACUGUUCCUCACAUUCACUCUCCCUUGUUCGUCUCUAGUGAGGGACAACCAAUAUUUCCAGGACCUCUGUUUUCGUCUGACAGGACACAGUGUAUGUUGGCCUUCUGAGGAGUUGAGGAACAACUACACCAGCCAAGGGAACUACAAUCCGGCUAACAUAAUUGUUACCAGAUUCCAAUGGUGGCGGGACCAGGUAUUUGUUUGCACUCCCUCUUUAAGACCUGGAGUGCCUUUUACCCUGGGACGCUUCGACCUCUUUCAAAGAGGUUUCCCCUGCAUCCAGCCCUUUCCCUCUUGGGACUCCGAUCUCCACAACGUUGUCGACCUCUAUGUAGACGCUAGAGACAUCCUGUGGGUCUUGGACAUCGGUAUAGUGACCACCCUAACUAAUCCAGAAGUCAAAUGCCAUCCCAGAGUCUUGGCGUUCGAUGUUCUUUCAAAAAAGGUUAUCCACGUCAUAGACUUGGCCACCCUAUCAUGCCAGGGGUCGCGACUACAACAUCUAGUUGUCGACGUUUGCCCCCGUACAUCAACACCUUGGGUGUUUGUUAGUGAUGCCUCUACUCGAACUAUCUUGGUGUACGAUGUCGCCAGAGCCAAGGGUCGUCGAGUCGUUCUCCCUGAUGUCGUCGAACCACAUGGUCCAAGGGAUGUUCUGUACCUCGCCCUUAUCCGAAGGAUGGAUAAACCGUCCAGGGUUUACUUCAGUUACUUGUCCAGCGAUAGGAUGUUCUCGAUGUCGACGGAGGACCUGAGGUAUCCUGAAAGACAAGGAUCGGUACAGGACGAAGGACGUAAACCUCACCCAAUGGUGACUCUAGGAACAGCCGAUACAAACCUCUUCCUAAGGUACAGAGGAAGGGCCGAGGUUUUAAUGUGGCCUGUAGACACUACCUUAAGAGAGGCAAAUCUUAUCCCAAUACAAGAAACUCAGGAUGGCCGAUUGGCUACUCAGGUGACCAUAGGGUACGGAGGACUUCUGUGGAUACUGGAGAGUAACUUUCAGGAUUACAUAAGGAACGCGACUGGUAGUUUGGGGGCAAGUGUACUCCUUCACCCACUUACAAGGCCCUGACUGUUGUUAUUGAUAUUGUUCCAUUUGUAUUUUUAAUGUAAAUAGUCUUUUUUAAAUUGUUAUAAA